AUGCUUUCUAGACUAAUUGAAGAAAGCAAGAGAACGACAUUGCUUGUAAUUAAGUUGGACAGUGAAAUUCUGGAUUAUUUUGUUAGAUCUCACAAUCUACAAUUAACAGUGAUAGUGCACGACCUGAAGACACCAUUGAAUUUGGAGGAACGUAAAAUCGACGUAUCAAUUUUGCAUUGCGGAAGUUUCGUUGAAUUUGAGAAGUUUUUUGUCCAAAUCCAACCGGAACUCUUCUUGUACGACGGACAUUUUAUUAUCAUUUAUGAUGUGAUUGAUGCACAAGAACUUGAAAGUGUGUUCUCAACAUUCUGGAAAGCAUACAUCUACAACGUAAAUGUUCUGGUUGCCAGUCCGAAUUCGUCAAACUUGGUGUCGCUUUUCACUUACAAACCUUUUUCCAAUGGAUCGUGCAACAACACAAAUCCCAUUCGGGUCAAUCAAUUCGAUAAAACCAUAAUGAAUUGGACAACAAACGAAUUUUUUCCGAAAAAGUUUAAGCAACUGAAUCGUUGUCCGCUACGGUUCGGAUGCUAUGAGAACAGUCCCGGCGUUUUAGUUAAUAACAGUGAGAGUGGAUUGAACAGAUUUACCGGAAUGAAUAUCGAUUUCUGUGUAAUGUUCAGCGGUAUAUUGAACUUUACUUUAAACAUUUUCGAGUACGAAAAGGCUACCGGUGUAAUUUACCCGAACAAAACCGCAACGGCGAUGCUUAAGAGAGUGAUAGAGAAUGAGAUUGAUUUUAUUUUCGGAUCAUUGCAACGAACGAGAGUCGAAGCGAUGAGCGCUACCCGAAUCGUUCAUUCCGAUAAACUUAUUCUCGUUGUGCCACCGCCGUUUUUGAUUGAUCCGAUGACGAAAAUAUUUCUUCCAUUCACGUUCGCUUCGUGGAUAUCAAUCGGAGCGGUUGCAUUGCUAGCGUGUUCCAUUGUGAAACUGUUGGAAUUUACGCCGAAGGUCGUUCAUGACUAUGUGAUUGGUAGUAAUGUAAAGGGCAGCGUGUUAAAUGUGUUCAACGUUUUCCUGGGUGGAACGCAAAAAAUCUUACCGCGGAGUAACUUUCCUCGAUUUCUGCUGGCCAAGUUUUUGAUCUUUACGCUGAUCAUGAGAAGUUUGUAUCAGGGAGAAGUGUUUGAUAUACUGAAAAGGGACGUGAGGACGGUGGAACUGACAACGAUUGACGAAUUUAUCGAACAUAAGUUCACCUUCUACAUUUAUCAAUCAUUGGCCAUGAGACUGGAAGGAUCGAAAAUUAUGCAGAGGUUCGAUGAAAAUCUCCAUAUCAAAUCGACCUAA